AUGGCCGCUUUAAGGCAAGCCAAAACUGCCGAACGUCUUGCAAAUCAGAAUGCCGCGAUUGCGAAAGGCAAUUAUCAGCUUGCGGAUAUACCCUGUGAGGCCUGCAGCAAAUGCCAAGAUCGAGACAUUGUUCCAUGCGCUAUCCGUUCCCCCCCACAACAAGGAUCCUGCUCCACCUGCAGUACAGUAACCAAGAAAAAGGACACCAACAGUGAGGUCGAAGACGAGAUCCAAAAGGGGUUGCAGGAUCUUGAAACGGCCACAGUCUCUGGGGGAGAUGCCCAAGUGAAGAUCAUGAGGAAGAAAGUGAGGUCAAAGAAGCUGCAGGUGAAGAAGGUGAAGCCGGAUGUCAAAGAGAAGGGCAAGCAGGAUGUCGAAAUGGCCACAGUUGGGCAUGAUGCAGAGCAUGCCAUUGACGUGGACAUGGAGGUUGGUCUGACAAUGGGAAAGGGGAAGUCCGAGGGUGGUAUCGACAUAGAGAUGGCCAAAGUCAAACAUGAGGAAACCAAGGUCGGUGCCAUUCCAAAAGCCGACAAAGACAUGGGCUGGGUGACUCCCACCAUAAUCAUUGAGCCACCCACACCACACACAUCGGCGAUUUUCAAGAGCACUGAGACCGAGGUUGGUACCAACACUGACAAAGGAAAGGGCCAGGAGAUUGGGCCGCCAGCCAGUGAGAUGGAGUGGAUCGUGCCCAAGUUAGCAAUGCGGCUGGGUAAAAAAUUCAUGAAACUCGUUAUUCUUUGA